CUGACGAAGAAAAUGUCGGACGACGAGAAGGAACAGUUUAGAACGUACCAGAAGGAUACACGAAUUCCUUGUCGAUUCGGAGCCAAGUGUUACCAAAAAAAUCCGGUCCAUCAUGCGAAAUAUAAACAUCCGCCUUCAAAAGAUGCAAAACAAAAAAAUGGUACAAAGCAGACAGUCCCUAGUAAGAAAAGGAAGACGACAGAGGAGAAUAAUGAACUAACUGAUUCACCAAAGAAGAAAGUGCAGAAACAGGAAGAUGAUGUAACAGUCGAAAAUGCCUCAUGUAAUAAUGAUAAUGAUAACAUCAAAGAGAAUGAUGACAAUGAAAGCGCGAAAAAUUCAUCGAGUUCUGAUAAUACAGAAUCUGUUAAAGAUUCUGCUGCAAAAAUUACUGUUGCAUCUUUGCUGGAAGAUUGCAAUGUUGACACUGAAAGUGAUAAAGUACUUCCAACCGACAUUAAGUCGGUUGUUUCUCAUUUGUUCUUGACAGAAAUGCCAGAAGAUUUCUUUCAGUUUUAUGAGUUCUGCAAGAACAUUUCCGAGAAAGAUCCUACGAAUGCUUUUAAAGAUCUUCAGUUACAACUUGUAGGCCCAUUUGAUGUUUUUAACGACAAGUUUUUCAAAUCCAAAGUCAGUGAUAAGAAGUCAUUGUUGAGGCACUGGAGAUAUUAUUAUGAUCCACCAGAGUUUCAAACUAUUAUGAAAGUCGAUGGAAAGGACUGUUUGCACUUUGGUUACUGGAGAGAUGCUGCCUCCGAGAAGCCUGUGUUUGUAGCAAAGAACAGUGCAAGUAUAAAUUGUGUUGUCGAGCCUGUUGCUGAGAAUAUAUUUGGCGUAAUGGAUAUAUACAUAGGGGAGAAGGUUAAAUUGGCUACUCCAUUUGAAAAGACCCGAAUAGGACAACUCCAGCAACGGUUGAGAACCUAUGCCAAAGAGAGGAAUAUAACAUUGGAGAAAAUGACAAGUAGUAUGCAGGCUUGGGAGAAGAAGGCCGUUGCGAGAACAUUCCACAAAGCUGGCAUUGUGGUGCCAUACGAUAAGAAAACUGAACUGGGUUACAGGGAUUUGUCAGUAACAGAUAGCGAAUUAAAACGAAUAUUGAAUCAAAUUGAAGAAGCUCGAACACCAGAGGAAAAGAAAGCACCGUUCUCAAAACUGGAGGAAGUAAUAAGACUGGCAACAAUUGCAGCAGACGAAUGCGAUUUCGGCACCUGUUUAGAACUGGGCCAUGACCUGUUCUCCAGUGGAGUUUCCCAUGUUCACAACAAAGCAAUACACAUGCUUUCUCUUGCUUACACUCUUUUACAAAGACCACAGUUCCUGGAAAUUGCUAAAGUGCAUUUGGAAGACAGGAAGAAGGGUCAGAAUCUAAGUGUCCUUUGUUAAAAGCUGAAGAUUCCUGAUAAUC